AUAUGAGUAGCUUGAGAGGAAAUUCAAAGUAUAUAUUUAAUUCAUAUAAAGAUCACCAUCAAUCAAUAAAUCUAUUAGAAAGUAAAGUAAAGACUCAGAUUCUAGUUCAUCUGAAAGAAGGUAUGGAAAAUUUUGGAAACCUAAUGAAGACACAUUACUUCUUGAUUUGCAUAGGAAGUAUAAUGGAAAUUGGAGAUAGAUUUGUGAUGAGAUUCCUGGAAGAAAUUUAAGUUAAUGUCAAUAGAGAUGGAAGAGAAUCAAUCCUAAUAAGGUAGUUUUUAAAAGUUAUAGAUAAUUAGACGAAAUUGCGUAAGCAAUGGACAGAUUAAGAAGACAAAAGAGUGUUAGAACUUGUAUAAUAAUAUGGCAGAAAUUGGAAGGUUAUAGAAGGUUUCAUGGAGGGACGUUCAAGUAAAUAAAUAAGAGAGAGAUUUUUAAAUAAUUUGGACCCUGAGAUUAAUCGUUCGAAAUUUACAGUUCAAGAGGAUAAAAUAAUUUUAGAAUAGUAUAGAAUUUAUGGGCCAAAGUGGAGUGAAAUCUCAAAGAUGUUAGAUAGAAGACCAGUAUUAAUAUGUUCAAAUUAAAUAGGAAAAUUAAGUGAAGAAUAGAUUUUACUCAUAUAUAAAGAGAGUAAGUAUGUUAGAAGAAAAAUCAGAUGAUGAAGAUAUUGAUGUAGAUUCAUCUAUAUCUGAAUAGCCUCAUAUUCCUCCUCCAAUUUAAAUUUAUUAACCUCUUGAAACAAUUUAAUCAAUAAAGGAGGAAAAUGAUCAUACAAAAAAUGAUUCUUUAAAAAAUGAGUCAUUUAAUAAUAUUUAGAAUUGCACUCCUUCAAAUAGAAUUCAACCUUCAAUCAAUUUAAUAUAAGGAUUGGAUUCUUUCGAUUCAAAAUAAUUUGAUGGGGUACAUUCUUAAGAUAUAUCACCUUUUCAUUAGAGACGAAUUUUAAAUGAAUAUAGUCCAAUAAACUUUGAGUAUGCACAUCAUAAUCCUACUUUCGAUAAUAUAUAAGAGGAUGUGAAAGAAUUAAGAAGUUAAAUAGAAUGUAUAAGUUUAGAAAAAAUUAAUUGAGA